GGCUAAAGCUCAUGUUUUUAACAGGGCAAGGAGGUGCUUUCUCGCAUAAGGCUGCUUCUCUUGAAAGCAGUCCUGGCUUCUAAGUGUGCCAUCACAAUAACUCUGGAAGAAGAGCUGACCAUCUCGGCCCCUAGCAGCCCUGGACAGAGCCCAGCAUGUCUCAGGCCACCAAGAGAAAGCAUGUGGUGCGGGAGGUGCUGGGGGAGCACGUGGUGCCCUCGGACCAGCAGCAGAUAGUAAAGGUCCUCAGGACUCCUGGGAACAAUCUGCAUGAGGUAGAGACAGCUGAAGGGCAGCGCUUCCUGGUGAGCAUGCCCUCCAAAUUCCGCAAGAACAUCUGGAUCAAGAGAGGGGACUUCCUCAUAGUUGACCCUAUUGAAGAGGGAGAAAAAGUGAAGGCUGAGAUUUCUUUUGUGCUCUGCAAGAACCACGUGCGCUCUCUGCAGAAGGAGGGGCACUGGCCUGAAGCCUUCUCUGAGGUAACUGAGAAACAAAGCAAUAUGAACAGGUGAGGAGCAAGCCCCAGCCCAGGGAAGACAAAAGUACAAGUUCACACCUUGGUGCCUGAAGGAAAAAGAUGGUCCUGCUUUUCUCCUGUUGAGAACUUGAGCAUACAUAGUGGAGUGGGUAGCUGUGAGUGUGGCUUGACAGUCUCAUGCUCCACGUUACAGGUUGGCUUACUAGGCAAGUGUCCUCAGGUGCGUUGUUUAAUAUAUUCAGACAGAUUCCUAACUGGGUAUGCUAGCACAUGCCUGUAAUUCUGGCAAUUAUAAGGUGGAAGCAGGAGUUUGAACCAGCAUGGUCUACAUGUAACAGGUCCAAAAGCCAGCCUGAGCUACAUGAAACCUUUUCUAAAAAAAAUUUAA